AUUAUGUGAAUAAUUUCGGUCCAUAUAAAACUCGUAUCAGUCAUUUCAAUUUCAUUCGAUACAUUUUCGUUGCUCACAGCGGAUCGAGUGAGAAAUUAAGUUUUAUCAAGAUGAAGGUUUUCAGUUUAUUGUUGGUGUUAGUUGCAAUGUGCGCAGCAGCCUCAAAAGCUGCGGACAAAGAGGAUAAGAAAGUGAAGAAACGUGGAUUACUUGGAUUGGGCACCGCCAAUUUUGGAAAUAUUUACAAUCCAUCCUAUGCAGCUCAUUCAGUCCCAGAAUAUCAACCGCUAGCAGCUCCAUUCAUUCCAUCACCACAAUUAUUUCCGGGAACAAAUACAUUUUUGCAUUCGUCACCGGCCUUGCCGGCAGCUGCACCUGCCGUACAUUAUGCUGCCAGUCCAGUCGUUCAACAACAUGCCGUCGAAGCGAUACCAACUCAAGUCAAAACUUUUGUAAAGCACGUGCACGUCCCGUAUGAGCGAAUCAUUAAAGUUGAUAAUCCUAUUUACACACAUUUCGAACGUCAUAUUCCGAUUGAUAACCCCGUGCCAGUCUUAAAAAUCGUAAAGCAACCCUUUCCUGUCCAUGUCGAACAGCCAAUUCCCAUUCCAGUGAUUAAGGAAAUUCGCGAAUCUCAACCAUAUGUGCACAAAGUUCUUUUGGUCGUUCAACAAGUUUUCGUUAGGAACCAGGAAAAGCCACAAAACACAUACCUGCCAGCAUCACCGCCAAGCAAUACCUACGGCCCACCAGCUCCACAACAUAAUGAUGCCCCAGCCAUCCCUAGUUCAAGCUAUGGAGUUCCUGAUGGUGCUCCGCAAACUCAACCGCAAUACUUCCCACCAAAUCAACAAGAUAUUCCAGCACCACCAUCACCACCAGCACCACAAUAUAUCUCACCACAACAUCAACAACAACAUUUUAAUGAACCCAGCUACAGUGCUCAUCAGCAACAUGCUCCAGCAGAAUCAAGUUACGCUUCUAAUCAACAACAUUUUGACGCUCCUAGCCAAAGCUACAAUGCUCCUCAGCCAGAAUACUUACCGCCACCACAGCCGCAACAACAUUUUGCCCCUUCUCAACAGCAACAUUUUGAUACACCAUCCGUCCCCAGCACAAGCUAUGGAGCUCCCCAAGAUUUGUAUUUAACCUAUUAA